GCGCAGUUAGGCGGGGGAGACUCCCUGAUUGCAGCGGCCAUGGGGUUGGAGGUCCGGCUCAUCCGCGUUGUCCUCGGGUUGCCGCUGGGCGAGUUGUUUACCGACCUCGCAGAGGCGUUCGACACAGUUCACCCCCCAGCUCUGAUCUUAUCGCUCGCAGAUGGUGCGGGUCUUACUGGAGAAGACCUGAUGCCCGCCGCCGGCAUGGUCCAGGGCUCUGCUGUUCACGUUGUGUCCCGCGCCGCCCAGUCGCACCCUGUUCAUUUGGAGGUGGGAAUGCCGGAGGGCAGGCGGCUCGCGCCAGCCUUCUUCUUCUGCACGGCGCAGUGCUUCAGCAAGGCAGCGGUGCUGGCCUACCACAUGCAUGCUCAGGCGGUGGCCAGCGACGCCAUCCCUGACAUCCCUUGGUGCACCUCCGUGGCGGUUGCUUGCGAGCAGGGCCAGUGCGCGUGGGAAGACGCCAUGCACCAGGCCCCGUCGCACGCUGACCAGUGCAGCUUGCUGGACGUCGCAGCUCCUAUCAGAAUCGGCCUCACACAGUUCAUCGACGACAAUUGCUGCAGGAGCAGCUCCAGGGGCGGCCUCGUGAUGAGCGCCCAGCUCGUGAGGAGCGCCGUCGCCAGCUUCCGCGGCUUGCUGCGCCUGGGGCCAGGGAAGACGGAGUGCAUGGCGCAAGGCAUCCCGGACGAGCGGCCCAUUGAUGACAUCCACUUCGUUCAGCAGCGCGUCGCGCUCGGGAUUCCCAUCGAAGCCGGCGCGAGGAUGAUUGGGCUCAUGAGGCGGAUCGAGGGCCGAGCCCAGACAGCAUGGGACAGCGCGCUCAUGGACAUCGAGCUGUUGGGGCUCCCGCUGCAGGCGGCGCUCGCCUCCUUGCGCGGGCGCGUCCAGCCGCGCGCGUGCCACGGUGCCGCUCUGCUGCUCGUGCGCGGCGAUGGAGAGGCCAGGCUGGACGCAGUGUUCGACAGAUGG